AUGUCCAUGCACGCUAAGGAUCUGCCAGCAGACUUCACUAACUCCAUCGAAAGAGUCGCAAUCGUCGGCGCCGGCGGCACAGUCGGCUCUCACAUCGCCAGUGCGCUUCUUCAGACUGGAAAACAUAAAAUCACCGCUUUGACCCGCCAUGGAAGCACUAACAACCUUCCCGAGGGAAUCAUCAUCGCCACGAUCGACUAUAAUGACGAACCAACACUCAUCGCUGCCUUGAAGAACCAGCAAUUUCUCAUCAUAACCAUGGCUCCCAACGCUCCCAAGGAUACGCACAGCAAACUUGUCCAGGCAGCCGCCAAGGCCGGUGUUCCGUACAUCAUGCCGAACGGCUACGCUGGCGACAUUGAACAGGUCAAGCUUGGGGAGGACACUCUCCUUGGACCAGUCGCCAAAGCGAACAGAGAUGAGAUUGAGAGACUUGGUAUGAAGUGGAUCACGGUCUGUUGCGGAUUCUGGUUCGACUACAGUCUUGCCGGUGGUGAGAGUCGUUUCGGAUUUGACUUUGACAAAAAGACACUUACGCUUUAUGAUGAUGGGAAUGUGAAAAACUCGACUUCCACGCUUGCGCAGGUCGGAAGGGCUGUUGCCAGGGUUCUGAGCUUGAAGGAACUCCCCGAUGAUGAGAACGAUAGAAGUCUCACGGUUUCAAGUUUCUUGAACAGGGCUGUUUACCUGAACAGCUUCGUCGUCAGCCAGAAAGAUCUGUUUGAGAGUGUCAAGCGCGUCACUGGUACUUCAGACGCAGACUGGACUGUUACUCAUGAGUCGAGCAGGAAACGGUAUGAGGAUGGUCUGGCGCAGGUCAAGCGAGGAGACAUGUCUGGGUUCAGUAAGCUGCUCUACGCGAGAGCGUUCUUCCCCGAGGAUCCGAGUGAUCUCUCUGCGAAAGCGCAGAACGAGCUGCUUAGCUUGCCGAAGGAGGAUUUUGAUGAGGCUACGAAGGAUGGAAUCGCUUUGGUUGAGGUUCUGAAAGGUCGCGGUGAGCGUAUGAAGCAUUAG